AUCGUACUCUUGCACAUGUGAUGUUGCUUAAAUAUUAUGCAAUAGUAAAAUAUUUCUGCCUUAAAUUCUUCACUUACACCCAUUAACUUUAAGGCUCUCUGAUUAACUCACAAGCCCUUAUUUCUCGUGAAGGAAGACUUUGAGAUUCUUGCAUUUUAUCAUCUCCACAGAAAUAGAGCAGGGCAUCUCCUCUGUCUCACUGUGUGUUAUUAACACUGUGAAUAAACCCACAAUAACCACGUACAUUUGCCAUUACAUGACCAUUAAGUGAAACUAAAGCGCUUUGCGUUCACAAAAUUAAUACGUUAAUACCUUGUUUAUAUUUUUGCGGGAGUUUGGCGCAAGCCUCUGUAGACGGCAUGCACAUCAGAGCACCUGAGAUGUGGUUCAUCUUCACACACUCUCAAGAGAGCUGCUCUUGUGACGUCUGCGGUGUGGUUCCCUGAGAUGCUCGGAGUUCAGCUGAAUGAGACACGUGCUUUUUCCUGCGCGCUCAUGAGACAGAAUGCAGGGAAAGACGAGGCUGAAUCCAGCUUCUUAAUCAACUGCUUUUUAUUCAGUAAAAGGGCCUCGGUGCUUCGAGACUACACAGCUCUAUCACUGGAAACGAAGACACUUGCGGACAUUGCAAAGGCAGAACUGGAUGACACGCUCUUCCGCGGUCGCCAGAUCCGCGUGCGUUUUGCCACGCACGGUGCUGCACUGGCGGUUAAGAAUCUGCCACAGUUUGUGUCGAACGAGCUCCUGGAGGAGGCCUUCUCCAUGUUCGGCCCGAUCGAACGGGCCAUUGUCAUUGUCGAUGAUCGUGGUAGGCCUACUGGGAAGGGCAUUGUGGAGUUUGCCAACAAACCAUCUGCCAGGAAAGCUCUGGACCGCUGUGCCGAUGGAGCCUUUCUUCUUACUACAUUUCCCAGGCCUAUUACUGUUGAGCCAAUGGAACAGCUGGAUGAGGAUGAGGGGCUUCCUGAGAAACUUAUUAACAAAAACCCACUAUUCCACAAGGAGCGUGAGCAGCCACCCCGUUUUGCCCAGCCAGGCUCAUUUGAGUAUGAGUAUGCGAUGCGCUGGAAGGCUCUGAUGGAGAUGGAGAAGCAGCAGUACGAGCAGGUGGACCGGAACAUCAAAGAAGCUCAAGAGAAACUGGAGGCAGAAAUGGAAGCAGCACGACACGAGCACCAAGUCAUGCUGAUGAGACAAGAUCUCCUGCGCAGGCAGGAGGAGUUGAGAAGAAUGGAGGAGGCUCACAGCCAGGAGGUGCAGAAACGGAAGCAGAUGGAGCUGCGUCAGGAGGAAGAGCGACGGAGGAGAGAGGAGGAGCUCCGCGCCCACAGUGAGGACAUGAUGAGGAGGCAGCAGGGACAGGGAGGCAACUUCCCUGAGAAGAGAGAUCCAGACAUGAGAAUGCAUAUGGGAGGUCAAGGAAUGGCCAGGAACCCGAUGGGUGGAAAUCCCACUGCAGCAGGAGCUACCAGCUUGGCUUCCAACGAGCAGGGGUCGGCCAGUAAUCCAGGUGGUCUGCCUCUUCCCUUCCCUCGUCCUGGACCUCCUGUCGACUUUGGCACCAACAAACGCCGCAGAUUCUGAGACCAUCGGCCAAACGUUUUUUUGUUUUUUUGUUUUUUUUUACACACUGUAAGAUAUUUUUAAGUGCAGACUGUGGGUUUGUAGAGCCUGAUAAUGCAUUUCACAAAUGGGAUUUGUGUUGGCAAAAUAUGUUUUAAACUUAGGCUAACAUAUACAUUUUAAUUUACUCCCUAAGAUUUCCCAUCUCCAGGAGUCUUAAGGGAUCUUUUCCAGACACUCAUCAAGCGCAGUUCUGGUAUAAUAGAUCCUUUUGCAAAUGAUUCCUUACUGAAGCAUUUCCACUUCAUGAUGAGGGUUUAUCUGUGCUAUGGAAACAGCCCAAGUGUGGACAUUCAGCUUUGUAUAGUACUAUUUUCUCCAUUUUAUUUUCUUCUGUUUUGUAUUUCACCAAGCAGUGACCUAUUUCUAUUUUAGAGAUUAGCUUUUGUCUGUCCUCUGAAACACCUGCAUUUCUAGACAUCUUUAAAUAAAUUCAGAACUACAUGUUACUCA